CUGAAACCGACAAAGGGAAUGGCGACAUAAAUUAACAUUUUGAAUUGUGUGCAAAUUCAUGAAAAAAUACUUUAUCUACGACUCCACCAAGUUUCAAAAAACAGGAAUUCUCAAAUUAGGUGAAAAUGGAAGCGUCGAAUGUGCUGCCUAUUGUCACAGAAAGUAAAGUAGUUAGUGCUCAAUAUGCAGAUAAUGGGGCAGUGCUUUACCAAGGACAAGGUGAUGCAUAUGGAAGUAUACAGCAUGUAACAGACGAAGUCCCACCUGUUAUCAUGGCAGACCAAUCUGCCCAGAAUCAGGGUGAUUUUCUGAAUGGGAGCCAGGAACUUUUCAGUCAACAAUCAGGACAGCCUGCAUAUACUGGUAAUGAUGGUGGCCAGACUCAGACACUUGCAGCAGGCAAUGUUGCCAAUGACAACAGUUCAUCCCAGGUAAUUGCUGACUUUGACCAAGUCCCUGUGACAGAGCCUGCUAUAGUUGCUGAGAAAUACAUACCUCUUGGAGGAGAUCAGGUUAAUGAAAGCAAACAGCUUGUUGCUGGCAUUGAACCCGUUGUCAAAGUAUCAACUGAUAUUAUAAAUACUGGGGGUCAAAUCAAUACUGUUUCAGAGGGUGAUUCUGGCAAUGCUGUUAAGGAUAAGUCAAUGUCUCCUCCAGUUUUAGAGGAGGAGAAGGAAGUUAAUGAGAAUGAUGUAAACCAAGAUGAGGAUGCUCCUGUGAUUGAAGCUGAGGCUCCUGCUAAAGAAACAAGGGGACGUGGAAGGAGAGCAAGACAGUCCUCUGGCAAAUCUGAUGAGACUGAGGAAAAGGUUACACCAAGAAGAGGAAGACCAGCAAAAGUGUCUAAAUCAGCUGAAGAAAUUGUAGAAGAUGAUGACAAGAAACUGUAUCCCAAACGUACAAGAGGAUCUGUUGACACACCUGGUAAAUCAAGUAAGGCAAUUAAGGAGGCAGCUGAAGAAAUGGAAGAAGAUAUAAAAGAGGAAGAAAUUGAAGAAGAAACACCUGUAAAGAAGGGUAGAGGAAGAGCAAAGAAAGUUACAGAGGAUGCUAAAUCAACACCUACUCCAAAAGGGAGAGGAAGAGGGAGAGGCAGGAAGAAUACUGAUGAAGAUGUUGAAGAAACCCCAACCCCAUCUCCAAAAAAAGGUAGAGGACGGGGAAAGAAGAUUGUAAAGGAGGAUAUAGAUGAUGAGGAGUUAGAAGAAGUUGAGGAAGAAGAGAUAUCGCCUAGAAAAAGAGGUAGGCCAUCUAAAUCGGCAACACCUGUGCAAAAAGGUACACCUAAAAGAAAAUCAAAAAAAGUUGAAGAAAGUGAGGAGGAGGAUGAGGAGGAAAUAGAAGAAUUGGAAGAAGAUGAAGAUGAAGAAUUUGAGAACCCUUUGAUAGAAAGAAAACGAGCUGAAAUGUUUGGAAUAGAAUACUCUUCUCCUGCAAAGAAAAUGAGAGGACAAAUGGAAAUGAGGGAUGUUAAUGAAGAUGUUGAUGAAGAAGAGGAGGAAGAGCUUGAAGAAUUUGAUGAGGAGGAGGAAAUGGAGGAAGAUGAGGAAUAUGAACAAGCUGUAAUAAGAAGGGACCAUCAGGGAACUGAAUAAUGACCCGUACAGUUUUGAAGAUGUAGACCAUGAUCCCCAGCCAUCAACUUCUAACCAGGGAGAAACUAUUGAGCUCAAGCCAGUAGCAGCAACUCCUGUACCUGCAAUGAAAACAUUUUCUACUCAAACCCCUAUUGAAACACCCGAGCUUGAGAACUUU